UCAUCAAAUCGUUCUCUAUAUUGGUGUCCACCAACAGAUCGUCUCCUGGUGCAUAUUAUUCCAACAGGAUAUGAUAAUCGAGUGAAUAUACGACUUUCUGAACGUGAACGUUGGUAUAUUGAUAAGGAGUGUAAAGAACCAGUCGACCAGACAAUUGGUCGAGCUGGUUUUAUGCAAGUUUUAGGUGAUGUGAAAAAAGUCGGUCUACGAGUUAAAUAUUUCCGUGAUCAGAGUAGUCUGGAGUUGUACAAUUUACGUGUUGAACAUGCUGUGAAAUCGGAUGUACCAGGUCAAUGGGUUGGUGAGAUUGAACAGUGCACAUGUCCUUAUGGUUAUGAAGGCUUGUCAUGUGAG